AUGCACGCAUAUUGCACCUGCGCCGGAGUCAGCCGUUCGUUAUCCCAUAUGGUCAUCGUCACAACCUCGGGCUUUAUCAACUCCUUCCGCAAGAUCUUUCUCGUAAAUUCAAUCAAUCCUAACCUUUCUCUCAAUCAAGAAACCCUAACCUUUCUCUCUAUUCACGAGCCAGUAAUCGCGGCAAAGAAGAUCAACAACAAAGACCAACUGGUUCGAUUUCUCCCUAAAACCGGUACAACUUUUCCUAAAUCCGACUUUACUCCACUCUCUGAUUUUGUUUUCUCCCUAAUCGAUGCAUCCACCUUCUCGUCUCUCCCCCUCCACCGGGUUUUCUCUCAUCUCUCUCCUCCAUAG